AUGAUUAUCGAUGAAGGAAAACAACGUGAGGUGGUCCUGGUGGACCAGGAGGUCCUGGAGGCCCUGGUGGUCCAAGUGGCCCUAACGGCCCUAAUGGCCCAGGAGGCCCUGGUGGUCCAGGUGGCCCUAACGGCCCUAAUGGCCCAGGAGGCCCUGGUGGACCAGGUGGCCCUAAUGGUCCAGGUGGACCAGGUGGCCCUAAUGGCCCCAAUGGACCAGGUGGAAGCGGAUACUACCCCGGACAACCAGGACAACCAGGCACUCCAGGAUCACCGGGCACCCCAGGAGGACCGGGUGGACCAGGCGGACCAGGUGGGCCAGGUGGCCCUAAUGGACCCAAUGGACCCGGUGGAAGCGGAUACUACCCCGGAAAACCCGGACAACCAGGCACCCCCGGAACACCAGGAUCACCGGGCACCCCAGGAGGACCAGGCGGCCCAGGCGGGCCAGGAGGCCCAGGUGGCCCUAAUAGGCCGGGCGGAAGCGGAUUCUACCCCGGCCAACCUGGACAACCAGGACAACCAGGGACUCCCGGCACACCAGGAUCACCAGGCACCCCAGGAGGACCGGGUGGACCAGGCGGACCAGGUGGACCGGGUAGCCCUAAUGGACCCAAUGGACCCGGUGGAAGCGGAUACUACCCUGGACAACCCGGACAACCAGGCACCCCCGGAACACCAGGAUCACCGGGCACCCCAGGAGGACCAGGCGGCCCAGGUGGGCCAGGAGGCCCAGGUGGCCCUAAUGGGCCGGGCGGAAGCGGAUACUAUCCCGGCCAACCUGGACAACCAGGACAACCAGGCACUCCCGGCACACCAGGAUCACCGGGCACCCCAGGAGGACCGGGUGGACCAGGCGGACCAGGUGGACCGGGUGGCCCUAAUGGACCCAAUGGACCCGGUGGAAGCGGAUACUACCCUGGACAACCCGGACAACCAGGCACCUCUGGAACACCAGGAUCACCCGGCACACCAGGAGGACCAGGCGGCCCGGGCGGACCAGGAGGCCCAGGUGGUCCUAAUGGACCGGGCGGAAGCGGAUACUAUCCCGGACAACCCGGCACGCCUGGAACACCAGGAUCACCGGGCACUCCAGGAGGACCAGGCGGCCCGGGCGGACCAGGAGGCCCAGGUGGCCCUAAUGGACCGGGCGGAAGCGGAUACUACCCCGGAAAACCUGGACAACCCGGCACUCCCGGAACACCAGGAUCACCUGGCACCCCAGGAGGACCAGGCGGACCAGGCGGACCAGGCGGUCCUUCUGGCCCAGGUGGACCGAGCCGUCCUCCAGGGUCCCCCGGACAACCUGGUGCUCCGGGUAGCCCAGGAUCUCCGGGCACUCCGGGAGGACCGGGAGGCCCAGGAGGCCCAGGCGGACCAGGAUACCCCGGUCAGCCAGGAAAACCAGGACAGCCAGGAUACCCAGGACAACCCGGCCAACCCGGUAAACCAGGACAACCUGGAUACCCAGGACAACCCGGACAACCUGGAUACCCCGGACAGCCCGGCCAACCCGGUAAACCUGGACAACCAGGAUACCCAGGACAGCCCGGACAACCAGGAUACCCAGGACAACCCGGACAGCCUGGACAUCCAGGACUUCCCGGUCAACCAGGACAACCAGGAUACCCAGGACAACCCGGAAAGCCUGGACACCCAGGACAACCCGGUCAACCCAGUAAACCAGGACAACCAGGAUAUCCAGGACAACCCGGUCAACCUGGAUACCCAGGACAACCCGGCCAACCUGGUAAGCCAGGACAAUCAGGACAGCCAGGAUACCCAGGACAACCCGGCCAACCCGGUAAACCAGGACAACCUGGAUACCCAGGACAACCCGGACAACCCGGUAAACCUGGACAACCAGGAUACCCAGGACAGCCCGGACAACCAGGAUACCCAGGACAACCCGGACAGCCUGGACACCCAGGACUUCCCGGUCAACCAGGAUACCCAGGACAACCCGGAAAGCCUGGUCAACCCGGCCAACCUGGUACACCAGGACAACCAGGAUACCCCGGACAACCCGGAGAACCAGGAUACCCAGGACAUCCUGGACAACCAGGAUACCCUGGACAGCCAGGACAACCCGGUCAACCAGGAUACCCAGGACAACCUGGGCAGCCAGGCCAGCCUGGAUACCCAGGACAACCCGGACAGCCAGGCCAACCUGGAUACCCAGGAAAACCCGGACAGCCAGGAUACCCAGGACAGCCCGGUAAACCAGGACAACCAGGAUACCCCGGACAACCCGGAGAACCAGGACAGCCUGGACAGCCAGGAUACCCCGGACAGCCAGGACAACCCGGUCAACCAGGAUACCCAGGACAACCUGAGCAGCCAGGCCAACCUGGAUACCCAGGACAACCCGGACAGCCAGGCGAACCUGGAUACCCAGGACAACCCGGUCAACCAGGAUACCCAGGACAACCUGGGCAGCCAGGCCAGCCUGGAUACCCAGGACAACCCGGACAGCCAGGCCAACCCGGAUACCCAGGACAACCCGGACAGCCAGGAUACCCAGGACAACCCGGUAAACCAGGACAACCAGGAUACCCCGGACAACCCGAACAACCAGGAUACCCAGGACAGCCAGGAUACCCUGGACAGCCAGGAUACCCCGGACAGCCAGGACAACCCGGUCAACCAGGAUACCCAGGACAACCAGGGCAGCCUGGCCAGCCUGGAUACCCAGGACAACCUGGGCAGCCUGGCCAGCCUGGAUACCCAGGACAACCCGGACAGCCAGGAUACCCAGGACAACCGGGACAACCAGGAUAUCCAGGACAACCAGGACAACCAGGAUAUCCAGGACAGCCAGGGCAACCCGGAAAGCCAGGACAACCAGGCCAGCCCGGACAACCCGGAGGACCCAGCCAGCCAGGUCAACCCGCACAACCAGGAUACCCAAGCCAACCUGGAGGACCCAGCCAACCUGGUACACCUGGAAAGCCCGGACAACCAGGACAACCUGGAACACCCGGACAACCAGGACAACCCGGACACCCAGGACAACCCGGACAGCCCGGAGGACCUGGCCAACCGGGAUACCCAGGUCAACCAGGACAGCCCGGCGGGCCAGGACAACCUGGAUACCCAGGAAAAACCUGGUCAACCAGAAAAACCAGGACAACCAGGACAGCCCGGCGGACCAGGUCAGCCUGGAUACCCAGGUCAACCCGGUCAACCAGGAAAACCAGGACAACCCGGCCAACCAGGCGGUUCAGGUCAGCCAGGGCAGCCAGGUAAACCUGGUAAACCCGGUCAACCCGGACAGCCAGGACAACCCGGUUAUCCUGAACAACCAGGACAACCCGGAUACCCAGGACAACCAGGGCAACCAGGGGGAUCUGGACAGCCUGGACAACCUGGAUACCCUGGACAACCAGGACAGCCCGGUCAGCCUGGACACCCGGGACAACCAGGACAGCCCGGACAGCCUGGACACCCGGGACAACCAGGACAACCUGGACAACCGGGACAACCUGGAUACCCUGGACAGCCCGGUCAGCCUGGCCACCCAGGACAACCCGGAUACCCAGGACAAUCAGGACAACCCGGAGGACCUGGUCAGUCCGGAGAACCUGGUCAACCAGGACAACCCGGAACACCAGGUCAGCCCGGUCAACCUGGAUAUCCAGGACAACCAGGUCUACCUGGACAGCCCGGACAGCCUGGAUAUCCAGGCGGCUCCGAUCAAACCGGACACCCAGGACAACCUGGUCAGCCAGGAAAACCGGGACAACCCGGUCAACCGGGAGGCCCAGGUCAACCAGGACAGCCAGGACAACCAGGACACCCAGGAGAGCCCGGACAACCCGGUUACCCAGGACACCCCGGACACCCCGGACAACCUGGUCAGCCUGGUCAACCAGGUUACCCAGGACACCCCGGACAGCCUGGUCAGUCUGGUCAACCAGGUCACCCAGCACAACCCGGACAGCCAGGAUACCCAGGUCAACCCGGUCAACCAGGAGGCCCGGGCCAACCAGGAUACCCAGGACAACCCGGCCAGCCAGGUCAACCUGGACACCCAGGACAGCCUGGACAACCUGGGCAGCCAGGACAUCCGGGAGAACCCGGACAGCCAGGAGGCCCCGGUCAACCAGGAUACCCUGGACAACCAGGCCAGCCUGGCCACCCAGGACACCCGGGUCAACCUGGACAGCCUGGUCAGCCAGGACAACCAGGACACCCCGGACAGCCAGGACAACCUAGUCAGCCAGGUGGUCCCGGUGAACAUGGGCAACCAGGACAACCCGGACAACCUGGACACCCAGGACAAGCCGGCCAACCAGGCAGCCCCGGUCAACCUGGAUACCCUGGACAACCAGGACAGCCCGGACAACCUGGAACCCCAGGACAACCAGGUCAACCAGGCGGCUCCGGCCAACCUGGAUACCCUGGAGAGCCCGGGCAUCCAGGACAACCCGGCCUACCAGGUGGUCCCGGUCAACCUGGAUACCCAGGACAACCAGGCCAACCCGGUCAUCCAGGACAAUCAGGACACCCCGGACAGCCAGGACAACCUGGCCAGCCUGGUGGUCCCGGUGAACAUGUGCAACCAGGGCAGCCCGGACAACCAGGACAACCCGGACAACCUGGGCACCCAGGACCAGCCGGCCAACCAGGCAGCCCCGGUCAACCUGGAUACCCCGGACAACCCGGACAGCCCGGACAACCUGGAACCCCAGGACAACCAGGCGGCUCCGGCCAACCUGGACACCCUGGACAGCCCGGGCAACCAGGACAUCCCGGCCAACCAGGUGGUCCCGGUCAACCUGGAUACCCUGGACAACCCGGCCAGCCAGGUGGUCCCGGCCAACCUGGACAGCCCGGGUACCCAGGACAACCUGGCCAACCAGGUGGUGCCGGUCAACCAGGAUACCCCGGACAACCUGGCCAACCAGGUGGUCCCGGUCAACCUGGACAACCCGGCCAACCAGGAGGCCCCGGUCAGGCAGGUCAACCAGGAUACCCAGAUUCAGUUGGCGAACCUACCGGCACUGGAGUACAGCCUCCAUCACAGCCUCCACCGGGCGCCCAAAUGCCGCCAUUCCCAAUCUACGUCAUCCCUUACCCGCUGCCCAUCGUCCCGAGCCCUGGACAGUGCCCGUGUUAUUUAGUAAACCCCGGCAAUGACUCUACUGCCGUCUCUCAACCUCAACCUCAGCAACCUCAACCACCUAACCAAGGCGGAUACUACGCUCCUUACGGAAUCAUCGGCUUUGUUCCCGUCGUAUUCGUCCCGUACUGCCCAGGCAAUAACACCGAUAUGAGCUCCGCACAGCAGAACUUCCCUAACGCAGUGCCCGUCCCUUACAACUGCGGACAGUGCCAGGCCAACCAGAAUCUUUACCGCUACUUCGGCAGACUCGGAGGAGCGCGAAGUGCGACAGAAUUUAAGGAAAUCAAAUCCCUUGCGGAGCUAGAACACCUUAUUAAAAAACAGAUUAAGCCGAUGAAGAAAAGCCUUCCGCGGAUAGCGGCUCAUCCGAAGAUUCUAGAAGAAUCGACGAAUUAGUAAUCAUAGACAUGUUUUGACAAUGCAAUAAGUAUUGGAUCUCUUCACUACAAUACGCUAUUAUUGUUAUAUAACGAGUCGAAAAAAAAAGAUGAAGUGAGACGAUUAAAUUUUGAGAUUGUCCGACAAUCGUUCUUGGACGCUCUCAAGAUUUAUAAAGAAUACCAUUCAUAUUUAUUGCGAAUUUGUUAUAGGUUUAUUUAUUAUAUUGAACAUGUAAUUGUAUAUCAUCGUCGAUGACAUGGGACACGCGCAUUUGUAUGUAAUAUUUACAAAAUAUAAUUUACUCAUUAUAAAUUAAUUACUUUUGUAAAAAAAUUGAUUUAGUAAAAUUAAAUUGCGCUGCCAUUUAGAUUAAUCAUGUGUUAAGGAAAGAUUAAUAAAUGUCCUAUUAUUAUA